AUGGACAAUAUCGAUCCCAGAGAACUCAUAAGGGAACUCCAAACUCAACUGGAGGAACAGACCCAGAUUAUUCGUCAGCAACAGGAGGCACACCAGAAAUUAGCUGAAGAAAUUGUACAACUCAAAGAAAAGCAUACGGAGAUGACAGAGGACAACAACCAUACUGGCGGCCACAACGAUGGCCACAAGGACGGCCACAACGAUGGCCAUAACAGCGGCCGUAACGAUGGUCACCAUGAUGACAACCCCAACGGUCGCCCUCCUCCCUCGCCAGAACUGUUACCCUUCACACAGGCCGUCAUGCAGGCCCCGAUGCCCGAUCGGCCUCCUCCUCAGAUAGAGAAGUUCGACGGAACCACAGACCCCGAACACCAUCUCCGGAAUUUCGUCGACUCCAUGGCCUUCUACUCCAAAAGUGAUCCGGUCAAGUGUAGAGCUUUCUCCCUGUCCCUAAAAGGCGAAGCUCUAGAAUGGUAUUACACUCUUCCUCCCAAUUCUAUUGACAGUUUUCGUACUGUCACCAUUCUAUUUAAAAAGCAAUAUGUGGCCAACCGGAGGGAGAUGAUGUUUGCCGCCGAACUCGUCAAUCUCAAACAAGGGAGAGACGAACCCUUAAGAACGUUCAUGCGCAGGUAUUCUGAGGCGGCAAGGAGGGUGAAAGGGGUCACCCAUGAAUUCAUCAUCAGCAAUCUGCCCAACUGUCUAAAACCGGGAUACGUUUCGGAAAGCCUAUAUGCUGAAUUACCGAACACGAUGGAGGAAUUACAGGAAAAGAUGACCAAGUUCAUCAAGAUGGAAGAUCAGAGACACUUCCGCGAAAAGGUUGAUGCCCCCAUAACUGAAGCUAAACGCGAGGACCAACAAGCGCGGGACAAGGGUCGUAAUCGAAAGCCUCCACGAGGAGACCCUCCAGUACCGCUCGGUCCCCGCUACGACCACUACGCGCGCCUCACUGUCCCGAGGGAGAAAGUGUUCGAAAAAGCCCUCCAAACCAACCUGAUCACCGUUCGCAAACGACACUCGCCCAGGGGUGCGGACGAAUCUAAAACUUGUCGGUUUCAUGACAACCGAGGGCAUUCCACAGAAGGCUGUCAGGGCCUUAAGGACGAGAUCGAAAGAUUAAUCCGCGCCGGAUAUCUGCGGGAGUUUGUCAAAGCAGAAGCGAGUCAACGAGGACGUUUGCCCAAAAAGACACGAAGAAGCCCGGAACCUCCACGCCAAAAGACCGAACGCUCCCGCGAGAGCUCAAGAAGCAGAUCUAGAAAACGAGAUACGACCCCGAGGGGCCGAAUUGACACCAUCUUAGGUGGUUUUUCCGGGGGCGGAGCCUCAUCCUCGGCCCGCAAAAGACACUUGCGGAACCUGCGAAGCGUCCACUCGCUAACUCAAAAUCCCUUAUCAAUGCCAAAUAUCACCUUUACCGAUAGGGAUUUUCAUACCGCGGACCCGAAACAGGAUGAUCCUAUGGUCAUUACUGCCCGGAUAGCGCAAUAUGAUGUGAGCAAAGUUUUGAUAGAUCAAGGAAGUUCAGUCAACAUCCUAUACUGGACAACUUUCCAGAAGAUGGAGCUGACAGAGGAUGCGAUAACACCCUUUCAUGAACAAAUCGUCGGAUUCGCAGGUGAACGUGUGGACACCCGGGGAUACCUCGACUUGAGGACCCGAUUGGGCACCGGUGGCAAGGCCAAAGAACUCCGUGUACGCUUCUUGCUGGUGGAAGCAAACACCUCAUAUAACGCUCUUUUGGGGCGUCCCUGCCUAAACGCUUUUGGGGCAAUCGUGUCGACUCCCCAUUUGGUAAUGAAAUUCCCGUCGGAGAGCGGGGCCAUAUGCACCAUUCGUGCAGAUCAGAAAAUCGUAUUGUUUUAUUCUGUUUUAUAA